AGUGGUGAGCAGGAAAAAGGCACGUAAAACCGGAAGUGGCGAGCAGGAAAAAGGCACCCGGGGAAUAAAAAAAAAGAAGUCCGAUUCGAGUUGAGCAAGAAGUGUGAUCAGAAGUCUCCCAGGACGAAGACUUCCUCCGUGGACCGAGUCGUGCCGUCCGUGUGCAGCGGCACCGCGGAGUUUGAUGAUGGGUUUGCCGACGCUGGAGUUCAGCGACUCUUUCCUGGACAGUCCUGAGUUCCGAGAGAGACUUCAGUGCCAUGAAGCCGAGCUGAACAGAACCAACAGGUUCAUUAAAGACCUGCUCAAGGAUGGAAACAUGCUCAUCUCCGCACUCACAAGUCUUUCCCUCGCUGUGCAGCGCUUCUCGCAGUCCCUGCAGGAGUUCCAGUUCGAGUGCAUCGGAGACGCCGAGACCGACGACGAGGUCAACAUCGCUCAGUCGCUGAAGGAGUUCUCUCAGCUGCUGAGCACCAUGGAGGAGGAGAGGAAGCGACUGAUCCAGAACGCCGACGACGUGUUGAUCUCGCCGCUGGAGCGCUUUCGCAAGGAGCAGAUCGGCGCCGUCAAGGAGGGAAAGAAGCAGUUUGACAAGGAGACGGAGAGGUACUACUCAGUCCUGGACAAGCACCUCAGCUUGUCCCCUAAGAAGAAGGAGUCACAGCUGCAAGAGGCCGACUCGCAGAUGAGCAAAGACCGGCAGGUGUUCUACGACGCUUCACUGCAGUAUGUCUUCAAGAUCCAAGAGGUGCAGGAGAGGAAGAAGUUUGAGUUUGUGGAGCCGUUGUUGGCCUUCCUGCAAGGCUUGCUGACGUUCUACCACGAAGGCUACGAGCUGGCCAGCGAGUUUGAGCCCUACAAGCAGCAGCUGCAGUUCAACCUGCAGAAUGCCCGCAACAACUUUGAAAGCACGCGCGCCGAAGUGGAGAGACUGAUGAAGAGGAUCCGGUCCGCCGAGGAGGACUUCAAGGCCCCGAGCUGCUUCACCAUGGAGGGAUACCUGUGCAUACAAGAGAAACGUCCGCUGGGAAGCGUGUGGACCAGAUACUACUGUACCUACGAGAAGAGUUCUAAGAUGUUCACCAUGAGCAACACAGAGGCCCGACCCUCGGGCCGACAGAACGGCGUGCUAAACGGGACCCCGGAGAUGUUCAAGCUUCGGUCGUGUGUCCGAAGGAAGACCGACUCCAUCGACAAACGUUUCUGCUUCGACAUCGAGGUGGUGGAGAGACAUGGCGUCCUCACCCUGCAAGCGCUGUCUGAGGCCAACAGGCGCCUGUGGAUGGAAGCCAUGGACGGCAAAGAACCCAUCUACACUCUGCCAUCUUUACUCAGCAAGAAGGAAGAGACUUUUCUCAACGAGACCGGCUUCGGCUUCGUAAGGAACUGCAUCGAGCUGGUGGAGAGCAGAGGCCUCACCACUCUGGGCCUCUACCGCACCGGGGGAGUCAACUCCAAAGUGCAGCGCCUGAUGACCAGCAUAUUUGCCUCCACUUCUGCUUCGGACGCGCAGCUGGACGCAGACGCUUGGGACAACAAGACCAUCACUAGCGGCCUCAAGAACUAUUUCCGGUGCCUGGCAGAACCGGUCCUGACCUACAGGCUGCACAAAGAUUUUAUCAAGGCUGCAAGGUAUGACGACCAGAAGCAACGAGUCAGAGCCGUGCACGCUCUCGUCCACAGACUACCGGAGAAGAACCGAGCCAUGCUGGACCUCUUGACCAGUCACCUCCUCAAGGUCUCCGCCCACUGUGACCAGAACCUGAUGACCGUGUCCAACCUGGCCAUGAUCUUUGGCCCCACCCUGAUGAGGUCGCAGGAGGAGACGGUGGCGGCCAUGAUGAACAUCAAGUUCCAGAACAUCGUGGUGGAGAUCAUCAUCGAGAACCACGACAAGAUAUUUGGCGAGGCCCCGGACCUCUCGGUGCCGUUACCUCAGGCGCCAUCUUCUCGGGCGACUCCUCGGAGGAGCAAAGCCAUCUGUCUGUCGUCGGGGAAGAGGAAGCCGCGCCUUUACCCGCCUGCUCUCUGCUUGGCAGACAACGACAGCGACACGUUCAGCAGCAGCAGCCCGGGCACCACCCCCAUGGGCAGCCAGGAGUCUCUGUCCUCGCACUCCUCGGAGAAGAACGGCGUGCCGCAAGCGUCUCCCGUGUCCUCGCCUCCUCCCGCCCAGCCGAGCCCCUCCCCUCAAGUGGAGCCGUCUCCCUCCCGCGCCUCCAACGGAGGGGAGCGCGAAUGGGCGGCGGACGAGCCGGCCGCCUCCGGCAAGCGGCCGUCCUCCGUGGCUUCGUCCAUGUUGUCUCUGCACUCGGCAACAGAGCGGACGGAUUCCACCGUCUCCUUGUCGUCUGCCAAGGAGUCCAGAUCUCACUCGUCCUCGUCCACCAUCCAGCUCUCCUCCUCGCACUCCCCCCUGAGGGAGGGUCGCUCGGUCCAGAGAGUGUCCUCCGUCUCCUCCCUGAGGAGCGCGGCGGAGCAGAGGGAAGCGACACGGGGGAAAGACUCUCCUCCCCAGGAGCACAGGACCACGUACAGGAGGGCCUCCACCUCCUCCUCCUCCUCUUCGUCCUUGUUCCCCUACCAGCGCUCCACAUCGUCCUCGCUCACCUCCCUGCACAUCUCUGAAGAUUAUAGGAGCUGCCACGGCUCCGUGCAGAGUUUGGCCUCGCUGGACCCCCGAGAGGCCUCGCGCAGGAUCUCACACCUCCGCCGGAGCUCCGACGUCAAACACUCCUCGUCCAGCAACGGCUACCAGAGACCCGGAUCCGUCCUGUCAGCACCAGCUCAACAGCGGGACAGCUCGCUCUUCUCCUCCGCUUUGGACAUUUGUCCCUCCGGAAGGGAAGCCAAGGCUCUGUACUCCUGUGAGGCGGAGCACAGCCACGAGCUCAGCUUCCCACAGGGGGCGCUGCUCACCAACGUGCAUUCGUCCGUGGAACCAGGUUGGUUGCAGGCGACCUACAAGGGCAAGACGGGCCUCGUUCCGGAAAACUACAUCGCGUACGCCUGACUGACAUCACUCACGUACGCCUGACUGACAUCACUCAUGUACACCUGACUGACUUGUGACGUCAUCACACUGCUGACCGCCUUGAAAAUGUUUACUGUCCAGAACUCCACUUUGACACCUGUGCCAAACUGUCGCUUUCAUCACUGAAAUCACUGAUACAUCCACUGGCCACAACAUUAGGUACACCUGCACCGUCCAAUGCCGGGGUGUCCAAACCACACAAGUUUAAUACGGAAUCUUAGCCUUCAUUUAACUAGACGCUCCAAAAGGGACAAGCGGUAGAAAAUGGAUGGAUGCUAUUGUGUCACCAUCUAUUGGGCAACUUGAAUAAAUCAGGUCAAGGCUCUUUGUGCAGCAUUUACUUGUAUGGCCCAAUACAAACAACCUUCCCUAGUCAUGGUGCAGGAAACAAAAAAAAAUCCAACUGACAUAAAAAGGCGACACACACGGUCACAAAUACUCCAACCUGUUCGCUGAACUUUGUGGAUAUUAUUAAAAAUCCAAAUGACAGCCAUUUCAAUCCGUUAAAAUACAAAAGCACUGCACACUUAUCCAUCUUUGGCGAAUUUGAGCUGCUUGAUAUUUCUAAAUUGAUGACAAAACUUUAAGAAGGUUGUCACAGAAGUAAACAAGUCGAACUUUCACAUACUCUUAAUAUCCAAUUAUACUAAAUAUUAAUUAUAUAUCCAUUAUGUUAAUAUAAUAUGUACACAUAUAUAUGUGUGUAUAUAUAUAUAUAUAUAUAUAUAUAUAUAUAUAUAU